UAAUCCAAGAGGAAUAUUCGGGUCUGUCGAAGAAUUUGUCUCGAAUAUCCCGAAUUACAGCGCACUCUGUUGCUGUAAUUGCCUUGUGACCCACCAAUGACCGUCUGUGGAAACGGAGGAACCCGUGCGGCGCCUGCGGAAGAUACCGAUCAGUCCAUGCCAGUCACGAGUGCAACGGAUACUUCGGAAAUAUAUGGCACGUGAUCGGAACCAAUGCUGGGAGAUCUCCGGCCCGUGAAUCUCUUUUUUGGCGGUCUCAAACCCAAGUUGCUCGCUGUCGACCACCAUCUCCAGGGCAGAGCGAGCUGUCCCCUACCUCAUGCUGCUUGCAUUACCCAAUCCCGUCCUCGCCGUCGCUGCCGACGUGCUCAGAGAUCUCGAUGGCGACGAAGCCUUGACAAGUCUUUGGUUCCUGUUCACAAAGUGCAAAAGUUCGCUGCAUGAUGGCAGGCGUCUUGAGAAUAUAUCCUGGCGACUAUGGCAUCGAGAAAUGGCUGAGACGCAGACUUACCGCCCACUCACACCUGCAUCACCGACGACAGAUGCCACCAGAUUUUCACCGUUCAAUUCCCACCCGCAGGCGGGCGAGAGAGUCGUCAAGGCGCCCAGCGACCGAGUGUGCAUAGGCAAGCUGAUUGAAGAUAUUGGGAUGUGCCAGCCCAUCACCAGCUGCGAGGUUGAUGGAAGCAAAAGCAGACACAGUAGGGGCGACAAGCAUGGACCCAAAGGCAAUACAUUACGGCCGUCGUUACCCACGACGUCGGCGGACACGGUGACUAUAUCCAUCAUCCCGGUGUGCGAUGCCCCUCAAGCCGAUGGAUCGCCCGUGCCAAGUUCACCCGCGUCCCGCCGUCCGGCAAUUUCGACCCCCUCUCCAGGUGCUCCUUCGUUCCCACGUGUUGUCGUUGUUAAUCCGACGCCCAACCCUACACCUCAUCCUACGCCACCAGCAACUCCAGUAUUGCCAUCUACCAUAUCAAAUUUGCCAUUACCUAAUAGUCCUCCCCAGGCGCCUCCUGUUCGCUCUUCUUCAAGACCUCCUGUCUCUUCUCGUCCGCCUCCAGCGUCCCUCGUACCUCGUCAGGUUCAGUCCAUGUCUUUAUACCCCCCAGCUCUCACCGCCUCCGCUGCAUCCCUCAAACCUUCAGAACGUAUGUUCUAUGUCGGCACCGGCUCUCCGUCUUCUGGAUCUGGCACUUCAGACUCUCCGCCUGCAUCUGGUUCAGGCUCGUCCAGCUCGCCAUCAGCGUCCGCGACGUCCGAGUUGCGGACAGAUUCUGCCCUUCGUCCACGGUCCUUAUCAAGUGAUGGCCGCUCCAGCGGCGAGAGUAGUAGCAGUCAUACCGAUUUCAGCGAUGAGCCCGAGCCAGGUGAUGUUCAAUCAAGACCAUCGUCCGGCGUGAGGCGUCGCAUCCAACCCAAGAAGAACAAGUUUUUUGUCCACGCGGGUCGACACCAUCACGGCAUCGGUCAUUGGCCGAAUGGUCGAGUCAGUUCCCUGAGCCAGAGCAAAGAGAAGGAGCGCAUGGACAGAGAAGAAAGGCACCGCCUUGCUCGUGAGCAUGAAGAGUUGGAGACUCGGAGGAAAUCAAGAUUGGAGCAAGAGGAGCGAGUGAAGUUGCAGGCGAGAGAACGGGAACGGGAAGCUGAGCGGCGACGAGAGGAGGAAGAGGCGAAAGAGCUGCAACGGGAGAAAGAGGCGGAACAGGAGUUGGAGCAAAUGAAGGCCCGUGAACUAGACAAAGAGAGGGAACGUAUCAAGCAAGCUGAGCGAGAACGUGAGCUUCGUCGCCGAGCCUCUAUGGAAACAUUACCGCGACAGCUCGCCAUUGAUGCCGAGAUCUUCGAUUUCAACGAGGACGCGUCGGCCGACCCUUUCCUUCAAACAAGCGGUUCACAACCCGAUCUCACACGAACAUAUUUUGGACUUAGUCGUGCUCUCAGUCCCCCGAAACCCAGUACUUCCAAAGGCAAAGGCCAAGAUCACGGACUUCGACAGCUUACGAAGUCUGGCACCGAUCUCCGAGCCAUGGUCAAGGAGAAGACGACCACGCGUAUGCAAAUGCAGCGGUUGAAAGGGGCUUUUACGCCUCUGAGGAACAGUCCAUCAACGAGCCUCAAAGAGCGUAAUGGAUUACAGCGUUCGUCGCGCAAGGCUUCACGCGAAACUUUACCCGAAGUGCUUGUUAAGAGACAUAGUUCCCCCAAGCCACCGAGUGUGAAAGGAAAGGGCAAGGCAGACCCGCAACAGCAGCAGACUGGAGGAGGGCGUCCCAUUGUCAUUGUCGAUGAAUCUGACGAGGAGACUGAUUCGGGCGAGGAUGGAUGGACAUCCUGUGACGAUGACAGCGCUGAAGUCGAGGCUGUGACUAGUGAACAUGACCAUGUAUCGCCUCGCAUAUCGCCUCGUCGUAACGUACAGCUAUCACAAAAUACCCGUCAUCCACCUCCUAAUACCACUACGAAGGCUCGUAAUCCUCGGCGACAACAGGCACCGCCUCCAGACGCUGCUAAGCUUCAGGAUGCAGUGCUGGAAGCUGCGCGGCAGCGCGAUAUGUUCGUCAAGAUCCCCAAGGGCAGUUAUACCAAUCUUAAUCGGACGAAUUCAGGGCUCCUCAGUCAACUCAUGAAUCCGGAUCCUGCACGAUUACCCCACAGUCAAUACCGUCGUGUGGAAUCUAAUACCGAACUUGGCUGUGGGAGCAGACUUAUGGGAGCAGACAUCGGACUACAACCGAGUCAUAGUGCUGUGGCGUUACCCGUCUCUGCACAGGUCACCGUCGGGAGUAUGCGGGACAAAGGAAAGGUCAAGACGAACCCCGUGGGCACAGAUCGAACUUCUCCCCCGGGAAAUGACGGAUACCGGCGCAAAGGACGUCCGGAGGAUGAGGAGAUGGAGGAUGACUCUGAUGGGGAAGAUGAUAAUUCGCUGACCGUUUCGAAUAGUGUCGCGGAGGCGCGUCUGAGAGCCAUUUUUGGAAGUAGUCGGGGAGGAGCUGCGCUUCCACAAGUCAAGGAGCGGAAGAGGGAACCAUGGAUCGAACCUCCGGCGGCGUCACCGCCUAUACCAACGCCCGCGAAGGAUCUUCCCAUUGUGACCGAACACGCGCCAUUGGGAUUCCCAUACAAUUUACCUGUUGCCGCUAUGCCUUCGACACCACGGACGACAAGGCAGAACAUGCUCAGGACAGAGAUGUCUGAGAGUGUUCGGCAGAACCUUUUGUGGUCACGAUAUAUCCAUAAGCAAAGUGUAUUGGGUCCUCGGAGAAAGAGCAGUCCGUCGCUGCCUGAUCGCGAGCCUAUUGCAACGAUUAAUCCGGUUGUACAUCUGACAAAGCGGGUAGACGGACGGCGGUCUGGUGGUGCUGAUGCUGAGCGGGAAGCGGUGCGGAAGGAACUUCAACGGGUGCGUCUGACACGAAACAAGAGCUGGGCUGCAGAAUAUCACCCUACACAAUGGGAUUGAUCCUCUUAGCCCCCAUGACAGAUGCGUCAGCUUCUCCGUUGCCAAUGGUGUCCUUGUCGAAAGUGUACUACUGGGUGUAAUUUUUAUAUCCUUUUUUUUCACUGUCAUUGGUGUUUAUUUUCUCUCAGGGUGGACACUUCGUUAAUGAUAAUCUCAGCUCUCGUCGGCUAUAUUGGCGACUAUUCUACCUUUUUCGUCCUAUUACUUUGUACAUUUCCCAUUGUGUCUGUAUAAUAGUGUUGAAAUGCUUUCAGUAAACAUUUGAUGUACUAUACAAUUAUCCAUUUGACGUAGUACACAGUAAUGGAACAGCAUUUGAAGCUUUUCCCCCU